AUGUUUUGCCCAAAAUGCAAUGAAAAAGUUGAUCGCUCCGGCGUUCCUAAAAUUGCGUGUGGUGACUGUGGUAUCUAUUUUCAUGCCGCUUGUGCAAGGGUUACUGUUGCUGAUUUGGAUUACAUGAAGGCGAAUAACAUCAAACAUCGAUGUGAUCCAUGCAAUGUUUUGCGCCGGCAAUCUCUACAUCUGCAGCCAUUGCCGGGCGCUGCUUCUGGAGUUACAGCGGAUGGUGCUGCUGCGUCUGGAUCGAUGCUAACUCCACAAGCAGCCAACAAAUCCUCAACAGCGUCACAGAGCAGACCAAGGCAAGCCACCAACAACGGCCAAAAACAACAACCACAAAAUUCAACGAACAAAACCAGCGAUGAUGCUCAUAAAAAUGCUAAUGAGCAAAGCAGUGUGCAAAGAGACGACAACACCAACGCAAAUAAAACGGAAUCUAACCAGCGCCCUCAGCAUGGCCAAGUUAAAAGUGAUAGUGUGACAAAGGAGAUAAAUUUGCAGUUGCUCUAUGAUGAAAUUCUGAGUCUGAAGAAACUAAACUCUGAUUUCCUAAACGUAGUAACGGAGCUUAAAGAGGAAAACUUGAAACUGAGCGAGAGAGUGUGCAAACUCGAAAGUGUAUUGAACUGGCGAGAACAGCAACUUUUAAGCAGCGCAGUCGACUUUGAUGGUGUGCCGGAGCUAACAAAGGCUAUAAUCGACCUGCCACCUGCAGAGCAAAAUAAACAUGGUCUUGCAAUACAGCAAGACGAACUGAAAGCUAUGUGGGAAAAAACUAAACAAGGGUAUGAUACUUCAAUUAAUAAAGAAGGGUUAUCGAAAGAAGACAUUAAGGCCAUAAGGAGAAAACAUAAAAGCUCGUUCGCCAGCUAUGUGAAAUGCAUGUCUGCCAUGGCGACUCAGUCUGAAACGCUUGUUAACGUAGAGAAGGAUGUACAGGAUCAGUCGGUCCGUGAACUCAAUAUCCACCUAGCUCCGUGUGAUACCGAUGUGUUCAAGGGUGACUAUCUGUCAUGGCCAUCAUUUCGUGAUAUGUUCACGGCCAUAUACAUCCUUAACAAGCGCCUCACUCCGGUUGAGAAACUAUUUCACCUCAACCAAAAGACUCAAGGGGAAGCCAAAGACAUCGUGAAGAAGUGUCCACUCACCAACGAAGGCUUCCAAACAGCCUGGAAAAGUUUAUGCGAGAGAUAUGAAAACAAGCGUAUCCUCCGAAAGCGUUUACGUGAAAAUGGGGAAAUAACUCAAAAUAAUGAUGUGAUCUGUAAUUUAAAAGAUUUCAACGAAUACCGUCAACAGCUGCACCGAACAAGGCUAUACUAUGUAUUGCAGGAAAUUAAUCGUCAGGAAAAUGAGCAACACGAUAGAAUGCUAAUCACUAACGCCGAGGCAAUAACUACUCGUGAUCACCACAAUUUAGCUGCUCGACAAAGCAGUUUUACUGAGAUACAGGGACGCAAACGAAAACUUGAGAACAUAAGAACCGCCCGCUUUCAGAAAUUAUGGCAACGUACACAAUAUAGAAUAGAACGCAAGGCGGCUGCCGAUGAAAUGGAAAAGGCCUAUCAUGAGUACCGAAAGUUGCUGAAUCAUAUGAAAAUUCAGCGUCAUUUGGAAGCUUCUGCUGAUUUGCAAAGAAAACACCUCAUCAAAUUAAAGAAAGUACUCCAGUUGAAAAAAGAUCGCUUACACAAAAACUUACGCAAUGUGGAGUACGAACGGCAUCGGAAACAUGAGCAAAUCCAAACAAUUUCUUGGGAAAAACGACUGAAAGAGCGUAUAACAUACCAGGAUAAAAUGAAAGGUCUGCUUGAGACAACAGACACACAGAGAAAACUGUUUAUUGAGGAUCACCGACAGAAAUAUAGUGAGAAAUGGUCACGUAUUCAAGACGAAAUCAAGGAACGUGCAAAACUAAUGAAAAAACAGAGCAAGCUUCAUAAAUACCCCAGGGAAAAACUAAAACACAUUUUACUUCCUAAUCCAAAAACGGAUAAUGGCAUGGCAUUCUGUGAUAGGCCAAAUGAAAGUUUCGACAAACUCUUGGAUCAUCAACUUUGUGAGGCUUUAAAUGUUGCUAUUGAUAUUGAAAAUCAGCUGGUUAUGCCAUUCGAACCAGGUGAUCCGAUUUACAAGGCGGCAAAAUUUAUAAUAACCAAUAUUAUUAAGAUAUUUGACAAAGAUUUGAGUAAGGAUCCUAGAAUAUGUAAACAAGUGAGAGAACGUGUCGAUCAGUUCUUCGAUGAAGCUAAACGUUUUGUGAUAUUUAGAUCAUCUCAAAUUAGUGCACAUAUUCGGGAGCAAGUUGUAAAUAAUUACGGUACGACGAGCCAGCGACCGACUAUUGUAUCGUUUAAUCGGUUGCCAAUGACAAUAGGGCAAUCCAGUUACGCUAUUCACCCAAUGGUUGACGUUAAAACUGUAGGGGCUCGAACACCUACGCCAGUGGGCUCGCUCGCCUCCAUAAAAGUCCACUCGGAGGAGCACAUAUUUAAUAAUAUGCCAAAUUUGUGCCGCAACGAAUUGAUUUUCAUCGAACAUUAUAUCAUCAAAUUCAAACGAGAGCUUAUAAUAGGCGUUGGUAGAAGAGUAUUCUCUGCAAUCGAUUGUCAUUUCUCUAAUAAAAUUAUGGAUGUGCGCCCAUUAUUGCUCAAUUUGAACCGCAAUUUCCUUACCUGUCAGAUGACCAAAGGUAUUCUUAGUUAUGCUGCAAACAAAUUGAACUAUGAAUCAAGCAUAAAGUUAUGUAUCAGCGCUCUGGCUAGCGAUAUUGUUUGGUCACUGCAGAAACAUUUGCUGAAGCCGGAACGCGACCCUCGUGGUAUAGCCCCGCCACAACGUUGUAACGAGAACUCCUCACCACACGUGCGCCCUUGCUGCUAUUUCCACAAGUAAAUCACCGAACUAUACUUUUUUCAAUUCUGUAAUUUCUUCAGCUAAAGCAAUAAAUUCAGCAGCUAAUAACUUUCGUUAUGGACAAUUAAAUAUACGAAUAUGACCUUAUUUUC